UUUAUCAAACGGCCAAUCAACAACCGAGAAUUUAUUUCUGGUCGAAUAAUAGAAUAUCUUUUCCGCGUGUGCGAGGUGUCUGAUAGAACUUGGACUGUGUAUCAGCCAGUGUUGUUUCGAGGUUAUGUUUCUUAAUUUUCACUAAUUUUUUAACUAAACGAACUAUCAAAAUGUCUUUUGGCACUGGGUUUGGGACUUCUACCCCAGCGGCAACACCAAAUUUUGGAUUUGGAGCGCAAACUUCAGCCACAGCCGCAGCAGCGAAACCGACUGGUUUUGGAACACCAUCGUUCGGAUUUGGCACUCCAGCUACGUCAGCACCAGCCCUUGGAGGAUUUGGUACCCCCGCCACACAAACGCCAGCCUUUGGAACUAGUGGUGGGUUUGGUACCUCAACGGUUGGAGGAUUUGGAACACCAGCCACGAGUACGACAACAUUUGGUACUCCAGGUUCAACUUUCGGGUUUGGGACAGGUGCAGGAUUUGGUGGUACGCCAGCAACUUCAUCCACUGUAUUCAGUGGAUUUGGGACAACUGCAAGUACAAGUUCAACAGGGUUCGGCGGAUUUGGCUCGUUUCCAACAACGGCGACGUCUUCAGCACCAAGUUUAUUUGGUGGCUUUGGCACAUCAGGCACAACAACAACAGGAUUCGGCACAACAGGAUUCGGUGGAUUUGGGACUAAGCCAGCUGCAAUAAAUACAACAGGCUUCAGCAGUUUUGGAACAGGUACUGGUCUUACUGGGUUUGGAACAACUCUUACCCAACCGCAGCAACAGCAACAGCAACAGCAACAACAACAGCAACAAUCUGUGAAUGCGAUAUCAGAAGCACUUUAUAAUGCAGUAUUUAACUGCCAACUGUUUAAUGACGAACGUGAUAAUACCAUAGCAAGAUGGAACUUGAUCCAAGCAUUAUGGGGUACUGGAAAAGCCUACUAUUCGUCGGUGGCACCUCCCAUAGAUUUGACACAAGAAAACCCUUUGUGUAGAUUCAAAGCUAUCGGUUAUAGCUGUAUGCCAGAUGCAGAUAACAACGAUGGACUGGUCGUUAUUUGUUUUAACAAAAAAGAACAGGAAUUAAAAGAUGUAAAACAGACGUUAAUCACAACGCUUAAUACCAUUCUCGGAAAUAAACCAAAUUUAACAUUAACUGUUGAUACUAUAAAAUCGACGGAUGACAAUAAGAGUCACGUCACAAUCUGCGUAUCUGAAAAAGGUGUGACAGGAUUGUCCAGGAAAAUUCCGGCAAAUGAGUUAGUUAGUUUCUUUACACAGACUAUGCAAAAACAACAGCUGGCCCAAAUGUGCGUGGAAAAUAUUUUCCCACAGGUUAAAUUAGACCCUAGUCAAUUGAAGGAAUAUUUGGAUAACCCACCAUCGUCUAUUGAUCCCAGAUUAUGGAAGCAAGCGCAAUUAGAUAAUCCAAACCCAGAGAAAUAUAUUCCAGUGCCAAUGAUUGGGUUCAACCAAGUUAAAUAUAGGUUGAAAUGCCAAGAAGAAGAAACAGCCAAGCAUAGAGCAUUUUUAGACUUAGCUGCAGAAAGAAUACAAAGCUUACAGAGACAACACACUGCAACUCAAGCAAGACUGAAAGAACAUCGAAGAACCUUACUCGAGCUGCAACACCGAGUUUUACAGGUGCUGGUUCGGCAAGAAAUAACGCGCAAGGUUGGCUUAGCAUUACAACCUGAAGAAGAAGUGCUAACAAAUAGGUUUGAAGCAAUGCAUUCGCAAAUAAGUGCUCCGACACAGUUCAAGGGAAGAAUCAGUGAAAUGCUUUCACAAUUAAGGAUGAGACGGCAUAUGGACUCUCAAAACCACGAGCGAUACACUAUGGAUCCUAUUGCACAAGACGACAUUAAAACCUAUUUAACUAUGGAACAGCAAGGAAUGUCCCAACUCAUUUCCACAAUCAACGCUGAUCUGGAGUGCCUGAAAAUAAUCAAGGACGGCAUGUCCGAUCUCCUCACGGGUCACAGCAUCUCUUGAAACAGCGUAUCGUUCAUUUCCGUCAAGCUCUUUGAAGAAAAAUGUAUCCAAGUCAUACAAUUACCAAGUUGUGAAAGAGGAAAACGAGGGGAAGUGAAUGUUUAUCUACUGCGGACAAUUAUGUAAUAAACUUCUUUGAAACUGCUGUAA